AUGCCGCCAGCCGUCGGUGGUCCUCAAGGUUACACACCACCUGAGGGUGGCUGGGGAUGGAUGGUGGUGAUUGGAGCCUUCAUCUCUAUUGGCUUCUCCUAUGCAUUUCCCAAGUCCAUCACUGUCUUCUUCAAAGAGAUUGAGGUGAUCUUCAAUGUGACAAGUAGCCAGGUGUCCUGGAUCUCCUCCAUCAUGUUAGCCGUCACGUACGGCGGAGGUCCAAUCAGCAGCAUCCUGGUUAACAAAUAUGGGAGUCGUCCCGUUAUGAUGGCUGGAGGAUGCCUAUCAGGAUUGGGCCUCAUUGCUGCUUCUUUCUGUGAAUCUGUUCAAGCACUCUACUUUUGCAUAGGUGUUCUUGGAGGUCUGGGAUUGUCCUUCAACCUUAACCCUGCUCUCACAAUGAUUGGAAAGUACUUCUACAAGAAGCGACCUAUUGCUAAUGGGAUUGCCAUGGCUGGAAGUCCUGUCUUUCUUUCUACCCUAGCUCCUAUUAAUACUUGGCUCUUUGAUCAGUUUGGCUGGAGAGGAAGUUUUCUGAUCCUGGGUGGCCUGCUUUUCAACUGCUGUGUUGCAGGUUCCCUCAUGCGACCUAUAGGACCAAAACCCAAACCUGCAGAGAAGACCACAGAGAGGAAGACUGUGUUGCAGACCAUUAACAGCUUUAUCGACCUCACUUUGUUCAAGCACCGUGGCUUUUUGCUCUACAUAGUGGGCAAUGUUGUCAUGUUUUUUGGCCUAUUUGCACCGCUGGUGUUCCUCUCUAAUUAUGCCAAGAGUAAAGACAUUGCCAAAGAGAAGGCAGCUUUUUUACUGUCUAUCCUCGCUUUUGUUGACAUGUUUGCCCGACCCUCAAUGGGCAUGGUAGCUAAUACCAAGUGGGUCCGUUCCAGGAUACAGUACUUCUUUGCUGCUUCAGUACUGUACAACGGCGUGUGUCAUGUCCUAGCCCCAAUAUCAGAAGAUUAUACAGGCUUUACCAUUUAUGCCAUCUUCUUUGGGUUUGCUUUCGGCUGGCUGAGUGCAGUGCUGUUCGAGACGUUAAUGGACCUAGUCGGAGCGCAGCGUUUCUCCAGUGCUGUUGGGCUUGUCACUAUUGUUGAGUGCGGUCCUGUAUUAUUAGGUCCGCCGUUACUUGGGAAGUUCAAAGAUGUCUACCAUGAUUACAAGUACACCUACCAGGGCUGUGGGAUCAUCCUCAUAGUUGCUAGUGUCUUCCUGUUUGCAGGAAUGGGGCUGAACUAUCGGCUGCUGGACAAAGAGAAAAAAAAGGAGGAGAGGAGAGGAGUGGUGGGAGUUGGAGAACAAAAGUCCAACAGGGACAAUGCUGCCAAAGAAGUGGCAGAAGCUAGGAAUACAGAGGACACUGUAUAA